AUGGCCGAGCCUGCGCAGAAGAAGGCCCGCACCAGCCGCACUUUCCUCUUCUCUUCCGAGUCUGUCAACGAGGGCCAUCCUGACAAGAUCUGCGACCAGGUGUCCGAUGCAGUGCUGGAUGCAUGCCUCAAGGUGGACCCCAAGAGCAAGGUGGCUUGCGAGACUGCAACCAAGGACAACAUGGUCAUGGUGGCAGGUGAGAUCACCACUGAGGCCAAGUUGGACUAUGACAAGGUUGUGCGAGGAGUCGUGGCACAGAUCGGUUUUGACAGCUUUGUGGAUGACCUGUCCAGCGUGGACAGCAAGGGAUUGAGCCACAAGAGCUGCGAAGUGCUGGUGCGCAUCAACAAGCAGAGCCCUGACAUUGCCGGUGGCGUCCAUGUGAACAAGGAGGACUUGGACGUGGGUGCCGGUGACCAGGGCAUCAUGUUUGGAUAUGCCAGCGAUGAAACAUCUGACUGCAUGCCUUUGACCCACUCCAUGGCCACGCGUUUGGGCAAGACCCUGACUGAUGUUCGCAAGAGCGGUGAGUGCUGGUGGUUGCGCCCAGAUGGCAAGACCCAGGUGACCAUUGAGUACCUGCAGCACCCUGAUGGCUCCGUUGAGCCAAAGAAGAUCCACACCGUGGUGAUUUCCACUCAGCACGCUGAGCCUCUGAAGGCCGUACGCAGCAAGGAGUGCGAGGGCUACAAGGGAGCUGAGAUGACUGCCCCAAGCAUGGAGCAGAUGAACAAGGAGAUUGAGGAGAAGGUGAUCAAGCGCACUCUUGAGCAGAUCAAGCUGAAGAAUGGCCAGCCUGCCAUCAGCCUGUACGGCAGCCACACUCACUUGCACAUCAAUCCUUCUGGCAAGUUCAUCAUUGGUGGUCCUCAGGGUGAUGCCGGUCUCACUGGCCGCAAGAUCAUCAUCGACACCUACGGUGGCUGGGGUGCUCAUGGUGGUGGUGCGUUCUCCGGCAAGGACCCUACCAAGGUGGACCGAUCCGCAGCCUACAUUUGCCGACAGAUGGCAAGGUCUGUGGUGAGCAGCGGCUUGAGUGCACGAUGCCUUGUGCAGCUCUCUUAUGCCAUUGGUGUUGCCAAGCCAUUGUCUCUCUUCGUGGAGACCUAUGGAAGUGAGAAGACCGGCCUCACCGUGAACGACAUCACCAGCAUCUUGAAGAUUGAGUUCGACUGCCGUCCUGGUGCCAUUGCUCAGUCCUUGGCAUUGCGCGAGCCAAAGUACCAGGAGACCGCAGCAUACUGCCACUUCGGCCGUGAGCCAGUCACCAAGAACGGCAUCAAGUACUUCGAGUGGGAGAACGCAAAGGACCUGGCCAAGUACAAGUCCAUGGACACCACCCAGGUUGAAGCUGCCUUGAAGCCUGCGCAGAAGAAGGCCCGCACCAGCCGCACUUUCCUCUUCUCUUCCGAGUCUGUCAACGAGGGCCAUCCUGACAAGAUCUGCGACCAGGUGUCCGAUGCAGUGCUGGAUGCAUGCCUCAAGGUGGACCCCAAGAGCAAGGUGGCUUGCGAGACUGCAACCAAGGACAACAUGGUCAUGGUGGCAGGUGAGAUCACCACUGAGGCCAAGUUGGACUAUGACAAGGUUGUGCGAGGAGUCGUGGCACAGAUCGGUUUUGACAGCUUUGUGGAUGACCUGUCCAGCGUGGACAGCAAGGGAUUGAGCCACAAGAGCUGCGAAGUGCUGGUGCGCAUCAACAAGCAGAGCCCUGACAUUGCCGGCGGCGUCCAUGUGAACAAGGAGGACUUGGACGUGGGUGCCGGUGACCAGGGCAUCAUGUUUGGAUAUGCCAGCGAUGAGACAUCUGACUGCAUGCCUUUGACCCACUCCAUGGCCACGCGUUUGGGCAAGACCCUGACUGAUGUUCGCAAGAGCGGUGAGUGCUGGUGGUUGCGCCCAGAUGGCAAGACCCAGGUGACCAUUGAGUACCUGCAGCACCCUGAUGGCUCCGUUGAGCCAAAGAAGAUCCACACCGUGGUGAUUUCCACUCAGCACGCUGAGCCUCUGAAGGCCGUGCGCAGCAAGGAGUGCGAGGGCUACAAGGGAGCUGAGAUGACUGCCCCAAGCAUGGAGCAGAUGAACAAGGAGAUUGAGGAGAAGGUGAUCAAGCGCACUCUUGAGCAGAUCAAGCUGAAGAAUGGCCAGAUUGAGUUCGACUGCCGUCCUGGUGCCAUUGCGCAGUCCUUGGCAUUGCGCGAGCCAAAGUACCAGGAGACCGCAGCAUACUGCCACUUCGGCCGUGAGCCAGUCACCAAGAACGGCAUCAAGUACUUCGAGUGGGAGAACGCAAAGGUAUCUGGAGCUUGCAUAAGCAACCCUGGCCCUGUCAGAAGCGCAUGUUUGAAGCAGGACCUGGCCAAGUACAAGUCCAUGGACACCACCCAGGUUGAAGCUGCCUUGAAGGCCAGCACCUACCUCGCUAAGUGGGUUGACUGA